AUGAAUCCCCGCUGGCCAUCUAGCGUCUUGGAAGUCGGCGUACAAUUCACCGAUGACUGGUCAAGCCAGCCAAUGUCUCCACCCGAUGGAUCUAGGUCGUGGGAUCAAUGGUCUAAGAAACGGAGCGAGCAUCAGGCAAAUGGAUACAAGCUGACGGACGAGGAGUUUGAGGCUGAGAUCAGUCGGACUUAUGAUUAG